GGAAAAAAAAGACCACUUCAAUACAUUGAAAUAGUCAUUGUUUUGGAGAUAAAACCUGUUGAUGCAAGAUUAGGAAAAAUAAAUGGUAGGUGGGUGCUAGUUGUUGAAGAACGAGUAGACCUGAGAUUAAAAAAAAGAGUUAACCUAUGACAAAUGUAGCUUUAAUUUGGAUAACUUCGUAACCAACUGAUUUUCCCAGAAAAAAUAAAAUAAAAAAAGUAAACAAAAAAACUUAAUAACUAACAGAGUACCCUAUAUCUAUAAAUAGUCACCUCCCUAUGCUAGAUUUAUCCAAGCAACCCUACAAAGAAGUUGAAAAUGAGCAAUCACUUCCUUGUAGCCGCAGCUAUCUUUGCUUUUGCAUUCUCACUAGCAUAUGCCUCUGACCCCGCCCCUCUUCAGGACUUUUGUGUUGCCAUUAAUGACCCCAAUUCAGCUGUGUUCGUGAAUGGGAAGUUUUGCAGGAACCCGAAGCUGGCCACAGCCAAUGAUUUCUUCUUUCCAGGGUUGCAAAUUGCUAAAAACACAUCGAAUCCAGUUGGGUCAGCAGUGACUCCAGUAACUGUUGAUCAAAUAGCAGGACUCAACACUCUUGGCAUAUCCGCAGCCCGAAUUGACUUCGGAGUAAAUGGCCUAAACCCACCCCACACGCAUCCACGCGGAUCUGAAAUCUUUGUUGUCUUAGAAGGUACCAUCUACGUUGGGUUCGUCACCUCCAACCCUAACAACACUCUCUUCACUAAGGUCUUGAAUCCUGGUGAUGUUUUUGUGUUCCCAAUUGGUCUCAUUCACUUCCAAUUCAAUGUUGGAAAGACUAAUGCAGUAGCUUUUGCCGCCCUGAGCAGCCAAAACCCGGGAGUUAUCACCAUUGCUAACGCGGUCUUUGGGUCAAAACCACCCAUUUCUCCGGAUGUUCUAACCAAGGCAUUCCGAGUGGACAAGAACGUUACUGACUAUCUUCAAUCCCAGUUCUGGUAUUACAAUUAG